AUGGCAGAAUUAUUACUCGACCCAAAUAUUCGAGGAUGGGUGUUUUUGCCAAUAGUCGUGAUAACAUUUUUAGUAGGAAUAGUUCGUCACUAUGUGUCUAUUUUACUUGCAUCUCAGAAAAAAGUCGAAAUUCACCAGGUUCAAGACAGUCAGGUGAUGAUCAGAUCAAGAUUAUUACGUGAAAACGGUCAGUACAUUCCAAAGUCUGCAUUUUUAGUACGAAGGCAUUUUUUUAACAAUGAAGAAACUGGGUAUUUUAAAACCCAAAAGCGAGCCCCAGUGUCACAAAACCCAAUGACUGAUCCCAGUAUGAUGACUGAUAUGUUGAAGGGUAAUGUAACUAAUGUACUGCCCAUGGUACUCAUUGGUGGCUGGAUUAACUGGAUGUUUUCUGGAUUUGUUACCACAAAAGUUCCAUUCCCACUGACGCUGAGAUUCAAACCAAUGCUCCAAAGAGGAAUAGAAUUAUUGACCCUAGAUGCUGCGUGGGUGUCAUCGGCUUCUUGGUACUUUCUCAACGUCUUUGGACUCCGUUCGAUCUACACUCUAGUGCUUGGAGAAAACAAUGCAGCUGAUACUUCUCGAGUCUUGCAAGAUCAAGUGUCUGGAGCAGCUAUGUCGAUGCCUCCAGAUCCAAAAGCAGCGUUUAAAUCAGAAUGGGAAGCGCUGGAGAUUUGCGAACAUAACUGGGCUCUGAGUGGAAUUGACUUGGAGCUGACCGGUAGUCAAACAAAAGGAGACACUAGUGACAAUAUUUAUCAUCAAAGUAGAAAUCAUUGA